GAUGAGCGGGGCGGCCCCUCGGAAGCGAUGCGGGCGGGGCGGCCAUGCCAUGGCGAUCGCUGCUGCUGGGGCUGCUGCUGCUGAGGUUGGGGCUGCAGGCACUGCUCGCUUUACUGCCUGCCUUAGCUCCGGGGCUUUGCCUUCGCUUCCCCUUCCCUUUCCCUCCUCCUCAAGCCGUCUCCUCGCCCUGGAGCUCCCCCCCGAAGCCCGGGAUCGGAGGGGAAAGGAGGGAGGCUGCGGCGGGGGGGGAUGAGUACGAGCGGCGGUACAGCGGAGCCUUCCCCCCGCAGCUUCGGGCCCGGCUCCGCGAUGCCGCCCGAGGGAUGUUUGUUUUCGGCUACGACAGCUACAUGCAGCACGCAUUCCCCCGGGAUGAGCUCGACCCGCUUCACUGCCGAGGACGAGGGCCCGAUCUCCAAAAUCCUUCCAACCUCAACAUCAACGAUGUGCUGGGAAACUACUCCCUGACGCUGAUCGACGCCUUGGAUACGCUGGCGGUAAUGGGAAACUCCUCAGAAUUCCAGAAAGCGGUGAAGUUGGUGAUUGACACGGUUUCAUUUGAUAAAGACUCAACAGUCCAAGUUUUUGAGGCAACAAUCAGGGUUUUGGGAAGCCUGCUUUCUGCCCACAUAAUAAUAACAGAUAGCAAGCAGCCUUUUGGUGAUAUGACCAUUAAGGAUUAUGAUAACGAGCUGUUGCAUAUGGCUCAUGACCUGGCAGUGAGGCUACUUCCAGCCUUUGAGAACACCAAGACUGGAAUUCCAUAUCCACGGGUCAAUCUGAAGAAGGGAGUGCCUCCAGACAGCAAUAAUGAGACGUGUACUGCAGGAGCUGGUUCCUUGCUGGUGGAGUUUGGUAUCCUUAGCAGGCUGCUGGGGGAUUCCACCUUCGAGUGGGUAGCCAGGAGAGCUGUCAAAGCACUGUGGAGCCUGAGGAGCAACAACACUGGGCUGCUAGGAAAUGUUGUGAAUAUUCAAACUGGCCAUUGGGUUGGAAAGCAAAGUGGCCUGGGAGCGGGGUCGGAUUCGUUCUAUGAGUACCUUCUGAAGUCUUACAUCCUCUUUGGAGAAAAGGAAGAUUUGGAAAUGUUCACUGAUGCUUAUCGGAACAUUCAGAACCACCUAAGAAGAGGUCGAGAAGCUUGCAAUGAAGGUGAAGGUGACCCUCCCUUGUAUGUUAAUGUAAACAUGUUCACAGGACAGAUGAUGAACACAUGGAUUGACUCUUUGCAAGCCUUUUUUCCUGGACUUCAGGUGUUGAUAGGAGAUGUGGAAGAUGCUAUUUGUCUCCAUGCUUUUUAUUAUGCCAUAUGGAAACGAUACGGAGCUCUCCCAGAAAGAUACAACUGGCAACUGCAAGCUCCAGAUGUUCCCUUCUACCCACUGAGGCCAGAGUUAGUGGAGUCCACAUAUCUCCUGUACCAGGCCACAAAGAACCCAUUUUACCUCCAUGUUGGAAUGGAUAUUCUACAGAGUUUGGAAAAAUAUACAAAAGCAAAGUGUGGCUAUGCUACAUUGCACCACGUUGUGGAGAAGACAAAGGAAGAUCGAAUGGAGAGUUUUUUUCUCAGUGAAACAUGUAAAUAUUUGUACCUGCUGUUUGAUGAGGAGAAUCCACUGCAUAAAUCUGGGAAUAAGUAUAUGUUUACUACUGAGGGACACGUUGUGUCUGUGGAUGAACGUUUCCGUAACUCACUGUGGCAAGACAUCCUCCCCGGGGAAGAGGACAGCACAGAAAAGAUUAAACCUAACGAGCUAAAGGCAGUCAACUUCAGUUCUAAUUGUAACAGAGUUCCUGAUGAGAGGAGAUACUUGCUGCCACUGAAGAGUAACUACAUGAGACAGAUCGAUAGGAUGGUGGGCUUGAUCUGAAUGCUUCUUCAGAGCCACUUUUAUCAUAUGUCAGGAGGAGUGUGGGAUUUGGCUGUAGACAUUCCUCUCCUCUUCAGCUACACACCUGCAAAUGCUGAGUCACUUGGGUGUCCCCCAUGCUUGUUUGAUUUCAAUUCUGGACACAAAGGGAGGUCAGGUUCUCCCAGGAGUUCCAUCUUCCACACUGUGGUAAUUCCAUGUGCCACCUGAAUAGAGAUCUCUUGUUUUGAGAACUUCCUGUGAAAAGUGUUGCAAAUGAAGGCUGAAAAAAAAACAAAAAAAGAAAAAAAGGAAAGAAAAUUGGCACGUGCCACUUAGCUACCUCUUUGUAGCUGUACUACAAAUGUCCCUUUAGGAAAGGGGUUAGUAUUUAAUUUGAAAUGAUCUUGGGGUUGGAGAAGGAAUGGGAAAGUGCAAUUUCUUACACCAAGUUUAAUCAUUGAAUUAUUGUGACUAGCAAUACACAACCUUAAGUACUGCUCAGGUAGGAACCCACUGGUAGUGGGUUUUGCUGACACAAAAACUCUGUAUCUAGAAUCAUGCCUUGCACAGAUAACUUCUGAUCAUCUAAGGAGUUAUCAGCAUGGUCAUGGUACCCCUCACAUACCCAGCUGUGUAGAGCUGCAUGCUCACAAGAGCCUGUGGCUACAGAACCCAGUAAUAAAACAGAUCAGGUGCCUUUUUUUUAUGUAAGGGAAUAGGGGGGAGGGAGGGAAGGGGAAACUGCAAAGCCACUCACCUGUCCAAGCAGCUAACUUGAUGUAGCUGAGCUGAGCAGAUGUUCCAAAAGUUCCAUUGUUUGCCAUGGAUCUUGUGCCUUUUCAGGAGAGAUGCUGCUAAGAACUGGUACAGCAAUAUGUGAAGAACAAACUGUUUCACAUUCCUGACAGCAUUAAUAUGUCAGUGCCUUAAGUAUUCUUUGCCAGCAGGAAGGUAAAUAAGGUGUUUCUGAUUAGCUAGCUCCAACAUCCCCUGGAUCCCAAAACAGUUUAUAAAGUAACUUUAUGUAUGAGAUGGCUUUUUUUAAUUUAUCUUUUUUAAGAUACAGGAAGAAUAUCAGCUGUGCCCAUCCUGGAGAAUCCUUGUGGGAUGGAUUAUUCUCAGUGUCAGUUUGGUCACAGGGCUGGGGGAUGGAGGGAUGGAGGCAGGCAGAGUCUGAGCUCCAUGCUGCCUGGAGUGCUGCACCCUGCCUGCAAGCAGCCUUUUGGUUCCAGUGGGAAAUGGUGAAAAAAUGCUGGUGCUUCAUCCCACAGUCUUGUAAUGCAGCUCAGAUGUGUUUGAGGAAUAACUAUCUGUGACCUUUAAGGAGGAGAGCUGUUGAAUUCAGGCAGGGCUGUCGAGGGAUGAAAGCAGACUGAGGCCAGAACAGCUUGCUCUAAAUAGAAGAGUUGUGUUUUGGGUUCUUUUCAGUGGCUCCCCAUUGCUUUCAUGCUCUUUACUUUUGAUGGUAGUUGAAGCAGUUGGAAGUUUCUGUUGGGUUAAUUACUUUUAAAUUCAGGCUGAAGUAUAAGGGCAGACUCAGUCUGCUGUAUUUACUCCUUACAGCUACACUGGUUUUCAGAAACCAGGUGUCACAGUGCAGAACAUUGCUGAUAAAUAUCCAGUUAGUGCUGAAGAGGUUAUUGUUUGGAUCUUUUAGCAUACAGAUGCAUCUCAGGGACUUCAUUGUAGAUUCUUCUGUUCCACAGUAGUUGGAUCUGUUAUUCAGGCAAAACAAAAAAAAAAAAAUAAUUCUGUCUUCUUAGUUUUAUUGUGUGUGUUUUAAGGGGGGGAGGGACUGUGAGGAGGGGGGGAAAUGUGUUAAGAUUUCUCAAAAGAUUGCAGUGGGACCAGUUGCCUUUAUCUGAGGCAGCUGGCAGCUCCAGCCCCUGUAGAAUUGGCUUUGUGAACCUAUUACUGGAGUGUCUUUGUUGUCUAUUUCAAAGCAAAAUGUAAAUUCAAGGUGUAACAAUCCAAAGAGAGAGGUCCAAAGUGUAACUUCUUUAGCAGUGAGCAUUGCCUGGGCAUGCAGGUGUGCUUCAGCUUGUGAGCACCUGGGGAAGGGCAGGAGGAUGGAAUGAGAGGAGUUCAGGAGGAGGCAGGAAGCAAAGAUGUCUGGGGCAGCCCUUUGGGGGGCAGCUCUGAGAUGAGGAGCACUGGGAAGCUGAGCACAGGGGGGGCUUUGCCCUGGGUGUGCUGGGAGCUGCUUAUGGGGAGGAUUUUUCCCAGUCUGGAAGUUUUUACAUCUGCAUUCUGUACCUCACCAUUGCCUCUUGGUGUUUUGUGCCUUCUGAAGCACCUGAACCCCCCCUCAGUUAGGCUUCCAGCUGAGUGUUAUGCACAAAAAUCUGUUCCAGAGUUUUCCUGGAGUUUUUCUCUUCCUCAGAGAACAACAAGACUAUAGUGAAGCUGCAGAGCUCUUCUGGCACUGUGCAUUUCCCUCCUGUGUUUGGGCAGGGGGAGCUGCAGACCAGGGGCAGCAUGGGCAGGUUUGGCCUCCCAGCCCUCAGUGACCUGGGAGGAUCAUUGCAGUGCCAAAUACUGAUUUAUGGGCAGCUUCUCCUUGGAAGCAGAACUGAAAUUGGUGUUGCCAGGGUGCUCUGACACUCAUCUCUCCAUAGGAAUGAGGUUUUUUUUUGUCUGCCAGGAGAUGGGUGCUGACUACGUGGUAAAAGGCUUUGUGUUCUUUCAGGAGCCAAUUAUUUUCUUCCUCUUUGUUUUUAACAAUGCUUGGAUACAUUUUUUUGUUUUACUCUGUAAUGACAGGGCACAUGUAAUGCACUAAAAUGAAAGCCUUUGUAUUAGUCAAUGAUAGCAAAAUGAAAUUGGUAACACUGCUGGAAUAACUUGCUGAAACAGACUUUUGUAUUACUUGGUAAAAUGUGCAAUAUCAAUUUUUUUCUUAAUUAAAAAUGCAAUGUAUGCUUAACUGUUGUUUUUCCAUGGAGUAUUUAAUUGCUGAUGGCAAACUUUUAGGAGGACCAAAUGCUCUUUCAUUAAAUGUCCAAAAUUUUCAAAACCGAGCUUAAAUUUACAAAUCUACAUUAAAAAAAUGGUGUACUUGA